AUGGCGUACACGAAAUUGGAUUUCGAUGAUAAACCUCUGAAUAGUUUGACGUCUAUGUUUAAUCUAGGAAAAGAUGACGAGGCGACAGAGGAGAUAUUUAUGGAUGAACUUACUGCGCAAGUUGCGGAAAAUCCACAGGCAAUGGCUGCUCUAGCGAAUCAACUUUUAAUGUCAACAAGUGAUAAAGAGUCAGAAUCUGAGACAAUUAAAUUAACUCCUAACCCAGGAUUCGUGGCCAAGACAUUUACCAGAAAAAUUUAUAAGCAUCAUCAACAAGACACGAAAUUUUUUAUCAAUGUAUGUUAUUCGGAUUUGAUUCCUUGCCCCCCUGAUGCAGACGAAACUGAGAUAAGGAAGUCAAUGAACGCUGAAGCGGAUGCGACUUAUAAUGUCCCAGCCGUCUUGGGUGAAUUGCGGGAAGAUAAGGACAAAGUACCUUAUAAAAGAACGAAAAAAGACUCGGACUUUAAAUUGUAUAUUACAGAAUUGGCUGCAGAAAUGGUAGAAGAACAAUAUGAUCUUCAACUGAAACGGCCAUUCGUAUAUCCGAGAUCGCAUUACAAGGGCAACAUAGAGGAAAGAUCAGUUGUCAUUCCUAAGAGAAAGGACCUAUUGAUAACUGAGAUACCUUCUCGACCAAGUACACAAAAGAUUUAUGAUAAAGUAGACCCCAAAUCGGCUGUCAAAACCACUGCUGCAAAACAACCCGAGUAUAUAAUCGCUAAUGAUUGUAAAGAUAAUCAGGAUUAUUUGAUUAUUUCUAUCGAGACUCCCUCCAUGGAUUCUACAUUUCUUCAGCAGACCAUAAUAGACAUAGAACCAUUACGACUCAUUCUAUACUCACCGGAUAAAUAUUCAUUAGACAUACCUUUGCCUUUUCAGGUUGAUAUCACAACGGCCACAGCUAAAUUUAUAAAGCCUAAAAAAAGAUUUGUCAUAAGAGCCAAUAGAACAUGA